AAACAGCAGCAGCAGCAGCAGCAGCAGCAGAGUGAGGAAGGGAAGUGAGAUCUGCCUAACACACACGUCUGACGAGCAGCAGAUUAUAAUCCUCCUCACAGGUCAGAUCUCACGAUGGCUCAAGGCUGCCUCAAGUGUUUGAAGUUCGUCAUGUGCAUCGCCAACUUGUUCUGUUUUGUGUGCGGCGUGUCAGUGAUCGGCUUGGGCGUCUACAUGAUGAUGACCUUGCACGAGUUCACGCUGCUGAUGAUCAACGGCAAAGUGGCACACAUGCUGCUCAUCAGCGGCAUCGUCAUCACCUGCAUCUCCUUCCUGGGCUUCCUGGGAGCGCUGAAGGAGAACCGCUGUCUGCUACUCAUGUACUUCCUGCUGUUGUUCCUCCUGAUGUUGGUGGAGUUGACUGCAGCCUGUUUACUCCUCAUGUAUGAGGAUCAGAUUGCGCCUACGGUGGAAAAGGAGCUGACUGAACAACUGAAAAAAGCUCGAGGACAAGCAGGAAACUCCACCAGUGAGCGGCGGGACCUGGUUCAGACUCAAGUGAGCGGGUGGUGGGACCCUAUUCAGACUCAGCUGGACUGCUGUGGAGUCUACAACGUGUCGGACUGGAAGAACGAGGUGCCGAAGUCGUGCUGCCAGACAACUUGUGACGUCCCCAAACUGCCAUACAGAGAGAAGGGUUGUUUUGACGCUCUGAAGACGCAGUUUGAAGAUAAUUUUCUCAACAUUGGAAUCUCUGUCAUUGUUAUCUGCAUCGUGGAGGUUCUGGGGAUGUGUUUCGCGAUGACGCUCUUCUGCCACAUCAGCAGAUCCGGACUCGGUUAUAAAUUAUAAAAGAGCGAUGAUGUAACCGCUGUCGCUCCCGGACUGGCAAAUGUACGAGGACGCCUGAGGAUUCUGAUGAAAACAUUGUUACCACGGCAACGACAGUGACCCUCAGCGAAACGCGUCACUAAAUAAAUGAUAGUGUUAAAAUACAAUAAUGUAAAUAAAUUUAUUUUAGAUGAAGACGUUGAUUUUAAACAUUAAGAUUUUAUAUUUUAACAUUAAGAAUCAACAUUUGACAGAGAACUAUGUUUAGUCUCAUUUUUAUUUAGUACAUAGUUUUGUUUGAAGAUAUUGCUGUAACGUUAUUUUGUCAGUGUUUGUCUGCGUUACAUUAACCCACACACUUUUAUAAAUGUUAAAAUGCUGUAAUACAGUAUAAACCUCAGUGACUCGUCGCCAUUUACUCUGAUCAUCAGUGUUUCCUGUCUUAAGUGUGUGCUUCACUGAUCGGUGGUGAAAACAUGAAUUUUUAACCACUUCCUCUUUAAACUCUGCUCAACCUUCACUCGCUUCCUAAAACCUCACUCACUCAUCAGUUUCAUCAGUAACACAAAAGUGUUUCUAAAUUAGCACUUUUUAAAUUAACUUAAGGGAAAAACCAUUUUCAUCAUGAAACCAAAACCAGGCUGGAAAUAACUUACAUUCUCGAAUAGAUUUGAAUCAUUUACUUAAUUUGAGGAAAAAGUCUGAAUUCUGACUUUUUUUUCUCAAAUUGUGACUUUUAGUUUAUGCUUAGAAUUCUGAAUUAACUCAGAACUACCAGAAUUCAGACUUUAAGUUGACUAUAAAAUUCUAACUUUAACUUACUCAUAAUCAUGACUUUUUUUAAAACUUUA